CACAUGCUCCUUAACGCACCCCCAACAUCUACCACUUCCACCAGAAGAACGGCUUCGCCUGCAUGAUGCUCUCUGACCUCUUCGAGCUGGUGCAGUUCCUGUUCGUCGUCACCUUCACCACCUUCCUGCUGUGCUGUGUGGAGUACGACGUCCUCUUUGCCAACCGACCGCUCAACCACAGCCACACCGGGGGGGCGGCCCCCGACCGCAGCAAGGUGACGCUGCCCGACGCCAUCCUGCCCGCCCCACAGUGCGCCCAGAGGAUCCGGGCCAGAGGCUGGGUCAUCUUCCUGCUGGUGAUGGCGGCCGUCUUCUGGCUGUACCGGCUGGUGAAGGUGCUCUGCAGCCUGCUCAGCUACUGGGAGAUCCGCGCCUUCUACAUCAAAGCCCUCAAUAUCCCCUCGGAGGGGCUGUGCAACUACAGCUGGCAGGAGGUGCAGGCACGGCUGAUCUCGCUGCAGCGCCGGCAGCAGAUGUGCGUGCACAAGAGGGAGCUGACGGAGCUGGACAUCUACCACCGCAUCCUGCGCUUCAAGAACUACACGGUGGCCAUGGUCAACAAGUCGCUGCUGCCCGUCCGCUUCCACGUGCCGCUGCUGGGCCCCACCGUCUUCCUCACCCAGGGCCUCAAGUACAACCUGGAGCUGCUCCUCUUCUGGGGCCCCGGCUCCCUCUUCCAGAACAAGUGGAGCCUGCGGCCGCAGUGCAAGCGGGCAGGUGCCCGGCGGGAGCUGGCCCGGCGCCUGGCGCGCACCAUGGUGCUGCUGGGUCUGGCCAACCUGCUGCUCUGCCCCUGUGUGCUGGUCUGGCAGCUCCUCUACGCCUUCUUCAGCUACGCCGAGGUGAUCAAGCGGGAGCCGGGCAGCCUGGGCGCCCGCCGCUGGUCCCUCUACGGCCGCCACUACCUGCGCCACUUCAAUGAGCUCAACCACGAGCUGCAGGCGCGGCUGAGCCGUGGCUACAAGCCGGCCACCAAGUACAUGAACUCCUUCACCAGCCCGCUGCUCACCGUGCUGGCCAAGAAUGUCGGCUUCUUCGCCGGCUCCAUCCUGGCCGUGCUAAUCGUCCUGACCGUCUACGAUGAGGACGUGCUGACGGUGCAGCACAUCCUCACUGCCAUCACACUGCUGGGGCUGGUGGUCACCCUGGCCAGGUCCUUCAUCCCCGAUGAGCACACGGUGUGGUGCCCGGAGCAGCUGCUGCAGCGUGUCCUGGCCCACGUCCACUACAUGCCCGACCACUGGCAGGGCAACGCCAGCCGGUCAGAGACACGUGGCGAGAUGGCGCAGCUCUUCCAGUACAAGGCGGUCUUCAUCCUGGAGGAGCUGCUGAGCCCCAUCCUCACCCCCCUCAUCCUCAUCUUCGCCCUGCCCGCCCGCGCCCUGGACAUCGUCGACUUCUUCCGCAACUUCACGGUGGAGGUGGUGGGGGUAGGCGACAUCUGCUCCUUCGCCCAGCUCGACGUCCGCAACCACGGCAAUCCCCAGCUUCACCAGCAGCAGCAGCAGGGCCCCGGGCCCCAGGCCGUGGGGGUGUGGGUGGCCGCGGGGGCACCCAAGCCACCCUCCGUGACCGCAGCUGCCCGCCAUGCUGCCCGGGAGCCGGGAUGCAGGAUGGUCUGGCCGGCCCUGCCCGUGUGGGCCCCCUGA